GAUAAUAGAUAGUAUAGUAUAGUAUAGUUUGUUACCGUUUAAUUAUUCGUUUUGCUUUAUUACUGAAAACAAGUUCGUUAAUAUAUCCUAUUUUUGAAUUGUACUACAGAAGAAAAUUAACUGUCAUGAUGAUGAAAUUACUCGUUUGCCUGUGUUUAGUAUUGGUUGCAAUAAGUUUAACCAAGGCAAUACCUGGUGGUUUUAAAAAAUUAGAUGUCAAUAGUGAUGCAGUAAAAAGUAAAGCUCAAUUUGCUUUGGAAUCGAUUGCCCAACAAACUGGUACAAACCGUUCAUUAAGAUUGGCUAAAAUUGAAUCAGCCGAAUCUCAAAUAGUUUCUGGAGUGAACUAUAGAAUAGGUUUGGUAGUUUGUGAACAAGAUUCAGCUAAAGAAAAUCAAUUAAUUAAUAAGGACUGUCGUUACUGUGCCAUAAGUGUUUGGGAGCAAUCCUGGUUAAACAGCACAAAAGUGACGAAUGUAAAUUGUUCAGAACCAGGAAAUCUUGAAUCAUUAUCAUCUGCAUCUUUAAAUAAAAUGGAAUAAUAAUGGUAUAACACUAUAAUUAAUCUUUUUAGUUGUAUUUAAAAUAUAUAAUGUUCCGUUUUAUUCAAAGUUGCAGAUAUCUUUGAAUAAAAUGGAAUAAUUUUAUUUAUUGAAAUCUAUAACAUUGUUUUUUAUAAUAUUCUCAGUAGUGUGAAUUAUUCUAUUUAUAUACAAUUAUAUAUAUAUUAAAUUACAUAUACACAAUA